CCCGAGUUAAACUGCUUAUUUGGCCCAGCAAGAUAAUUCUGCUCGGGAGAAGUGGGCAUCCCAAGUUCCACUCGAGACCGUCUACGUGUAUUUUCAGUCGAACGGGGUUUGCUUUGCUUCGGCGCCGUGUUCGUUUUGGGGUGACUUCGGUGGCCAUCCCUCGCCCCGCUAGGUCCUGCAACACGCGUGUGGGUCGCCCGUACCGGCCGUGACUCAUCCCGGAGGUGGGCUCUCAUUCGCUCCCGCAUCUUCUGCUAGAAUAAGCGGAGGGUGCGCUGGCUGUCCUCGUGUAUCCCAGAAUGCCGCGCUGUCCCGUAUCUCCUGCUCAGCCCGCUGGCGCUGGCGGUGACACAGCUGGCGAGCAGAGAGCGGACUGAGCUGCAGCCUCAUCAGCCGAGCGGGGGGACACGGGAUACCCGAAUAAUACGCCAUGACAACCGAAUCGGGAUCAGACUCGGAGUCCAAGCAGGAUCGGGAGCAGGAGCCGCAGGAAGGCGCCGGAGCAGGCCAGCCGCCCCCAGCCCAGAACCAGCAGCCCGACGGAGAGCCCUUCCCGGCCGCCGCGGCACACAGCACUCCUGUCAGGAAGGAGCAGAACGGAGACGGAGACGCAGAGGCAGCUCCACUGGGGAAGCACGAGUACCAACAAUUCGAGGACGACAAGGCGUCUCAGAAGUCGUCGUCGAGCAAGCUCUCCAAGUCCCCGCUGAAAUCCGUGAAGAAACCGAAGAACAUGCAGUGCAAAGUCACCCUCCUCGACGGGUCCGACUACACCUGUGUUGUGGAGAAGCGCUCCAGGGGCCAGAUGCUUUUUGACAAAGUAUGUGAACAGCUCAACCUCCUGGAAAAGGACUACUUUGGUAUGACGUUCCGAGACAUGGAGAACCAGAAGAAUUGGUUGGACCCUGCCAAGGAAAUUAAAAAGCAAAUAAGAAGUGGUCCUUGGAACUUUGCCUUCAACGUCAAGUUUUACCCCCCAGAUCCCUCACAGCUUUCUGAGGACAUCACAAGAUAUUACCUGUGCCUGCAGCUGCGGGACGACGUGGUCUCGGGGCGCCUGCCCUGCUCCUUCGCCACGCACACCCUGCUGGGCUCGUACACCGUGCAGUCGGAGCUGGGCGACUACGACCCGGAGGAGUACGGCACCGAGUACGUGAGCGAGUUCCGCUUCGCCCCCAACCAGACCAAGGAGCUCGAGGAGAAAGUCAUGGAUCUGCACAAAAACUACAAAGGAAUGACUCCUGCUGAAGCAGAGAUGCAUUUUUUGGAGAACGCCAAAAAGCUGUCUAUGUAUGGAGUGGAUCUCCAUCAUGCCAAGGAUUCUGAAGGAGUGGACAUCAUGCUUGGAGUUUGUGCCAGUGGUCUUCUGAUCUACCGAGACAGGCUGAGAAUAAAUCGGUUCGCUUGGCCCAAGGUCCUCAAGAUUUCUUACAAAAGGAACAACUUUUACAUUAAAAUCCGGCCUGGGGAGUUUGAGCAAUUUGAAAGCACUAUUGGCUUUAAAUUACCGAACCAUCGGGCUGCUAAGAGGCUGUGGAAGGUGUGUGUGGAGCAUCAUACAUUCUUCAGGCUGGUGUCUCCCGAGGCUCCGCCGAAGAAGUUCCUCACGCUGGGCUCCAAGUUCCGCUACAGCGGGAGGACGCAGGCCCAGACGCGGAGAGCCAGCUCCCAGAUCGUCCGGCCCGCUCCCUACUUCGAGCGCUCUUCCAGCAAGCGCUACACCAUGUCGCGCAGCCUGGACGGGGCCUCUGUGAGUGAAACCCACGAAAUAUUCAUGAAGAAUUCCAUGUCCGCUUCAGAGGUGGGCACUGCCCAGUACGGGACGGCUAAGGGCAUCGCCACUGGCGACCUCAUCACCACCGUCACCCCCGAGAAGAAGGCGGAGGAGGAGAAGGCCGAGGAAGAGCAGGAGCAGCAGCAGCAGCAGGAGGAGGAGGAGGAGCAGGAGGAGCAGGAGGCCAAGGAGACGCCGGCAGAGCCCACUCCUGUCACUCCCAUCAGACAUGAUGCGAAGCUGUCGCCUUCAUUCCAUUCCCCCGACCCUUUCCGCAUCCACUCCUCGCUCCCCGCCUCCCCUGUCCUGCCCGCAAAGCUCCGCCGGAGACGCAAGGAGCGCGCUCGCCCAAGAGCGGCGUCCGCCAGCCCCGCAAAAACGGGCGCCUGGAGCCCACCGGGGCCGCCGGAGCUCGAAAGGAAACCCGGCGUUUUGGAGGAGCCGGCCCUGGUGGUUUCGGGCUACACGCAGAAAAGGGCUGGCCAGGGGGGGACCCUGUUUUCAUUCUCCUUGCAUCUCCCUACUCUCCCCUCCUUCUUGGAUGACGAUGGCUACCUUUCCUUCCCCGACCUCUCAGAAAUGAACUUCCUUCCUGAAAGCGUACAACACUUCCUGCCUAUCCAGUCCCCCUCCCUCAUCCCCUGCUUCUUGUUCAUCUUUUUCUUCCUGCUGUCGGCCUCCUUCUCUGUUCCAUACGCUCUCACCCUCUCCUUUCCUCUGGCUAUGUGCCUCUGCUUCCUGGAGCCCAAGGCGGCCUCAUUGAGUGCCUCACUUGACAAUGACCUGAAUGACAGUUCAGAGGAAGAGACCGACAGCGAGCAGACGGACACUGCUGCUGACGGGGAAACAACGGCCACAGAGUCGGACCAAGAGGAAGAAUCUGAAAUAAAGCCGCAGAAUAGUUUCAUAGGACGAAUAAAAGGGGAAAAUGUAUUUGUCAAACAUAGUAAUCUGAUGUUGGAGGAAACAAUUACGGCUCAAGAAGAGCUUGUGAAACAUCAAACUAACAUCAGUGAAUUGAAACGCACCUUUUUGGAAACGACUUCGGACAGUGCAGGACUUACUGAGUGGGAGAAGAGGCUGUCAACAUCUCCAGUCCGGACUUCCCCAAGGCUGGAAGAUGCUCCAAUGAUUGAACCCCUUGUGCCUGAGGAAACCAAAGAAGAAGUCAAAUCAAAGGUGGGCGAACUCCAUGCCGUCCAGUACAGUCACUUGGAAAGCUCGUCCAAGCCAGAGGACAAGACUGUCCGAGAGGCCUUGACUUCUGGCUCUGUCGUCUCCUCUUCUCGCCAUAUUAAGAUGCUGAAAACUAUUCCAUCAUCCCUUGAGGAUUCUGAUGAGUGGGUUAUUGUAGACAAAAUGCCUCCUAAAGUAGCUGCAGGUGAAAAGAAAAACAUUGUGACCUAUAAAGUAAUGGCAGUGACCAGUACGUUGCCUGGGGAAAAGAGCGCUGGCGAGUUCAAAACACUCGAGGACCUCCGGAGUGACAUGAGGUCUAAGGAAGAAGAGAUGAAACAGAAAACGUACACCUUGGGAAAAUCCUAUGACACCACAUCUGGGAAAAUUGUGACAAUGACAACUCGGGCCAAAGACGGUGACAAAUCCGUUCAGUUCACCUCCCAGGACCCGAAGAGAAAGGCGGAGCGCUCUUCCCCCGCGGUUAAGAUCAUUCCCGUGUCGGCAGAGUAUGAGAUUCUGGACCCCUCUGCCGAGGACAAGCCUUUGACAGGAGACAAGGGGACGCUUAUCGUAAUCCAGGAAGCGGAGAUGGCCUUGGGCUCAGAUGCCUUUAAAGUGAGUGGGAGGAAAGGCGGGUUCGAGGGGCGGAGUCACGAGAUGGGAGGUGGCCAGCAGCCCGAAGGAACGGUCCUCGUGAUGGAGGGCGUUAUGCCGACCGACAAAACCCUGGGGCGGUGGAAGGCUCCCGGGGAAAAACAGUUUACUGUCGCUACUGCUCGCUAUGUCACAGAGUCUUCGUCUGCUUCAAGAACGGUGACUAAACAGACUGGUGAAAUGCCCUUGGAUAAAGACAUCUCCACUUUAAUAGAGUCAGCAAGAGAUCAAAUCAGCAGUAUGGGAUGGGCCACUUCUGCUUCACAUAGUUGGGCUCAGUCGUCGGAGACGAAGGUGGAAAGGGAAAGCUUCGCCAGCACGCUGAAGCAAGAUUUCCUCCAGCAGGAGCAGGCCGUGACGAAGACGCUGACAGAGGAGAAGCCACUGGUUGUGAAAACGGAACCUGUAAGCUUUAUCACUUCAACACUGGAGGAGAGAGGAGAAAUAGCGACCAAGGAUGUGCCCGUAAUUCACACAGAAACUAAAACAAUUACAUACGAAUCCUCCCAGGGAGACACCGCGGGCGAUGCUGAGCCUGGGGUGUUGAUGAGUGCCCAGACCAUCACUUCAGAGACCACAAGCACUACCACUACUACACAUAUCACAAAGACUGUGAAGGGCGGCAUCUCGGAAACAAGGAUCGAGAAGAGGAUUGUCAUCACUGGCGACGCCGAUAUUGACCACGACCAGGCCCUGGCUCAGGCAAUUAAAGAAGCCAAAGAGCAACACCCUGACAUGUCAGUGACCAAAGUAGUGGUUCAUAAAGAGACAGAGAUCACGCCAGAGGAUGGGGAGGAGUGAUGGCAGGAUUAAAGCCUACACUUCAGAGGAAAUGUUUUCACAUCAUUAGGAAUAAAGGAUGCCUGUGUGGAGUCGGCUUUGACUUCACAAGCCAAUACUCACUCUCGUUGCAUUGGAGCACAUUAUAGAACUAAUCACCUUCCACAGUCAUGUUAUGGACACUGGCUUAAGUAACUCAAUCAAUCAAAUUAAGUAUUGGAAAAUGCAUAUUGCAUGGAAAUGAAGCAAUGCUGCAUUGGUUUUUUUAAAAAAAAAUGUAGAAAAUUAAAAGAAUAAUUAUCCAGGUUCUUAAUAUACUGUACCUGCACGGUCAUGCAAAAGGCAGUGGAAUUAAAUAAUUAAAAUUUUUACUCACUGCCUUAGAAAGUAAUGAGAGAGAAAAAAAAAUAAUUUAAGUAGCUACAUUUUAUUUAUGAAACAAAAUCACCCCAAAAAUACUAUAGGCUAUACGUGUUAAGUGCAUAAUAUUUAACCAUGCAUUAGAUGUGCCAACAACAUUACUGAGCUCAUAUCUGUUUACUCUCAACACCUUGAACCUUGUAACUGGAUUCUAUCUGAUUUUCCUAAUAUUGCCUGCUAAACAACAGUGAACCUUAACAUUGUAAAGGACAUAAUAUGGUACAUACAUGUGCUUCUUAGGCAGAAAGAUACUGUUCUUAGAUCAUGAGUUAGUCAUUUUUACUUAAAUCAUUGAAUUUUUUUCCACUAAAUUCCAUUCUAAGCUGUGAAGGCUCAAUAUAGAAUAUUUCUGUAUUAGAGAAAGAAAGAUAAUCUCUGAAUAAGAUUGUGCUGCAGGAAGAACAGACUGUGUAACAUAGCUUACAUUACGAGUAUGUUUACUUGAGACUGUAUAUCGAUUUUGUUUAUCAUCACCUGUCUAGUCAAAGACAAUAGCUGUGGAGUCCCAGAAUUCACUUGACAUUCACUUCGUAGUGACACAGCCAAGCCUUAAACUGUACAGACGGGACCUUCCAGCCAGUUCUGAAUCUGCAUUAGUGUUCAUGGUAUCUAAUGAUCUACAUGAAGGAUAUUCUGUCCCCAUCCUGUCAUCAGCUGCAAUAUGAUACAUGUUGAAUGUGUGUUUCCGCAUUAGUGAAAUAAAAGUGGUAAAUACAUUUAAAAGAAUGUGUGUUUUCUUCUUAAUAAAAUAUACUGAGAAACACCGUA